AUGUUCGAAGGGUUUUAUAUGGGAGGCAACACCCCGCAGGUGGAGCGGAUCGAGCAGCUGGUAAAUAACGUGAACGUGAAGUUCUCUGCCCUGCAGCGGCAGAUUGCGCACUCCCCGCGCAACCUCAGCUUUAACUUACCGGAUUCCGGGGCUGAAUCCCUGCCGUCUGGAGCACGCUCCCCCGUCCCCUGCGGCCGCGAGGGAAGCAUGUCUGCGCCGGGGUUGACUAACUCGCCGCUGCCGCCGCCGUCAGGGUACAGGCCUCACUGGCCAACGUACUGGGGCGAGCGCGAGCUGUACGUUGCGGCAUCCGAGUUGUGCCAGCACCUUAAUGGCGGCAUCGACUACCGUUCUGUUUGCGUGCAGUACCAGCAAACUAUGGAGUUGCUGCUGACACUGCUGCGGGAGGACAUUGAGAUGGCGCGCGCGGUGGACGUGGUUCCGGCCGGCACCCUAGAGAAAGCGUACACUGUCUUCUCGGGUCUCUUCAAGGAGGCGAAGGUGCUCCUCGCGGCGGGCGACAACAACGCGUGGUCGAAGGCGCAGUCUUCACUGGAGCAAGAGUACGCGCUGCCCGCUACGCUGCCAGCUUCAAACGGGGUUCACUGCGAAAGUGUUUGUCAAUCUCACGUUGACAAUGCCAGCAAUAACAACAACAGUAAUGCUCCGAGGGGCAGCGAGCGGUGUCCGUCAUCGGUGUCAAACAGCGGCAUCGGACACGGCAAUAGGCAUGGCGCUCGUGUGAAGAUUACCAUAGAAAAUGCUGAAGACAAGGGGGAGGUGUACGCGCCACUACGUCUCAAUAACUGCCCGGGUAGGUCUGUUAACGAGGACUCUUACGAUGUGCCUUCACCGCAACGAGAGGAGGCGGUGACGUUGAUGGUGCCUCUCUGCACCCCGGUGAAAUCUGACGCCGACGGCGGGUUCACAAAGAGCAUCACCUCCAAUAGCAAAUCGCGCCAGCAGAGCUUGGAGGAUGUCUACAACGAGAUGUACCUCUACGAAGGGAUGGACAUGCUGGCGGCGACGAUGCGGCUGGUGUUCCUGAAGGAGUUUGAUCGGGGCGAAAAGGCGUCUGGGGAGGAGGCGUUUCCUUUGUUCAGGCAGGAGGUUGAAAGGCAGCUCCUCUCAACUCUUGAGAGCUACGAGGCGUUCCAGGCACACACCAGGGAACAAAGCGCACUCCGCUGUGAGUACGUGGUAAACUGCCUGCAGAACCAUACCCGACCUAAUGAGCGUCUCAUGGACUUCCUGGGUGAUGUUUCCUCGGACUCUGACGCAACACAAUUGUCUCUCAUGGCCACACAACUUGAUAAUAGUGGUAUCAAGCCGUUCGCACCGCUGUUGCCGCGGCUCCGCCGCCUCCGCUUCCUUGACAUCAGUUACAACAAGGUUGACGACGAUGGUGUGCGUGAGCUCUGCGCCGCCCUUGCUAACCACCCCUCGCUGGAGGUGCUUGAUAUUUCCGGUAAUGUUCUCAGCGACACGAGCGGCAACGCGCUGCGGCACCUCGCAGCGAGUGCGCGGCAGCUCAAGGCGAUUGGGCAGCAGGGCAUUGCAUUUAGCCCGCUCGUGCGCGAGGCGCUGGGACGGCAGCUGGAGGAGAACCGGGGUGCCUGCGAAACACCGUGGUCGCCGUCACAUAUAUUCCACGGUGUUGCCGACCUCCAUCGUGGCGAGAAUGUGAGGCGAUCGGCGGGGCUUCGGCUGCCAGCACUUACGACGACGGGUGGCCGACGCGCCCUGUCGGCAACCCCCUCUGCUGUGAGUGACGUCUCGUUGCGCAACACGUACACAUCAGUAGUGCCUCGCAGCGUGGGUAUGUUGCAGCGCGUGCGAUUGCCUUACCUGACGGCGAUGCGUCGUAGUGCGUCGAACUCGCGGCGCAGUAGCGGUAACAGCGGCACCCUUCGCUGA